GAACAGCAACGAGUAAAACCAACACAGUGACAGUGACCAGAUCUACAGCCACUAGCCAGCAAGUAAAAUUUAACUCCAACUCCAACAAAAUCAUCCAGUGCUACAAGAGUGUACAUGUAGUGUUGCUUUAUUUCAACAUGCCAAAUUAUUCUUGAACAAAACUCAUCCACGUAUUCUUUUAAUUAACAAUAAUAAUAUUAUUAUUAUUAUUUAAACAAUCAUAUAACCUAUUUUUACAUUCAAUUUAUAUUACAUUGAUAUUUUAAUACAUAAUUCAAUUAUUUUUUUAAAUAAUUAUUCAUAUAAAUCACCAUGAGUAGCAACAGCACCACUGCUAGCAACGAUACCAAACACGGCAUCGUUAAAUUGAUUGUUUCUGGAGAUACGAUUACGAUACGAGGACAACCUCGUGGGGGUCCACCUCCGGAGAAAACUAUCGCUCUGUCUAAUGUUACUGCUCCGAAAUUGGGACGUCGAGGAGUUAACAAUGGUGACGAUAUCAGAGACGAGCCAUGGGCAUGGGAAGCUAGAGAAUUCUUACGUAAAAAAUUAAUUGCGCAAGAAGUUGUCUUUGCUGAGGAGAAAAAUGUCAGUGCGACUAAAGUUUAUGGUUCUGUUUGGAUAGGAAAAGAUAAAAACACUGGAGAAAAUGUAGCUGAGCUUUUAGUAUCUGAAGGUCUAGCGACAGUAAAGCGCGACAAUGUCCGUAACCCAAGUCCAGCUCAAUUACGUCUGCAAGAGCUGGAAGAUGCGGCGCGUUCUGCUGGUAAAGGAAAGUGGUCUGGAAGCCCAAGUUCUGAGCAUAUUCGAGAUGUCAAAUGGACCAUUGAGAACCCACGUGCUAUUGUUGAUAAAUACAAUGGGAAACCAGUCAAAGCGAUAAUUGAGCACGUGCGUGACGGUUCAACUUACAAAGUAUUUCUUUUGCCAGACUUUUAUCACAUAACUCUGAUGCUAUCGGGUAUCCGUUGCCCGCAAAUAAAAACAGAAGGCGAAGAACCGUUUGCCAAGCAAGCUCAGUUCUUUGUUGAGACGCGUAUCCUGCAGCGAGACGUCGAAGUUAUUCUUGAGGCAACAAACAAUAACAAUUUUGUUGGUACUAUUUUACAUCCAGCGGGUAACAUUGCUGAGCAUUUGUUACGCGAAGGCUUUGCUAAAUGUGUCGACUGGACGAUGAACUUCACCAAGUCCGGAGUUGACAAAUUGUACAUGGCCGAGAAAGCCGCCAAAGAACGGAAGCUUCACUUAUGGCAGAACUGGCAACCAACAGCACCGCAGAAAGAGUACAACGCUGUGGUAGUCGAAAUAACUAGCGCUGAUUCAAUGAUAGUGAGGACGCAGAAUGGCGAGAGUAAAAAAAUAUUUUUGAGCAGCAUUCGUCCUCCUCAGCGUGAAAAGAAAGCUGGCGAAGACAAAAACGCUCCACGUUCAAAGGACUUUAGACCCCUUUAUGAUAUUCCAUUUAUGUACGAUGCCCGUGAAUUUUUACGUAAGAAACUAAUUCGCAAGCAAGUUAAAGUUAUUGAAGAUUACACGCAACCGGCUAAAGAUCAGUACCCUGAAAAAAUUUGCUGCACUGUUAUGGUCGGAAAGGUAAAUAUCGCUGAGGCGAUGGUGUCCAAGGGAUUCGCAACUGUCGUGAGAUACAAGCAGAACGACGACCAACGUCCGCUUCAUUACAAUGAACUGUUGGCCGCUGAAAGCAAAGCCGAGAAAUCCCAGAACGGUUUGCACGCUAAGAAAGAUACUGCUCCGCAAAGGAUUAUUGAUCUAUCGAAUGACGCUGCCAAAGCCAAGUGUCACUUGUCUGCAUUGAAAAGAACACGUGGUACCAAAGCCGUCGUUGAGUUUGUAACAAGUGGAUCGCGUUUGAAACUAUUUUUACCUAAGGAGCACUGUUUGAUAACAUUUUUACUCGCUGGAGUGAAAGCCCCACGUAGAUCACGACCAAAACCUGGCGGCGGUAUCAUUGAAGGAGAAAAAUACUCCGAAGAAGCGUUCAACUUCAUGAAGGAACAGUGUUUCCAAAAGGACGUUGAAAUCCAAGUCGACAACAUGGAGUCCAAGGGAAGCGGUUUCAUUGGAUGGUUAUUUGUCGAGGGUGUUAAUAUGUCUGUCGCUCUUGUCGAGGAAGGACUCGCAGAGGUGUCCAGUUUCAGCGAACACGGUGAGUACAUCAAGUCACUCAAGGCCGCGGAGGAACGGGCAAAGGCAAAGAAACUCAACAUCUGGGAUCGACCUGAAGUCGAGGCCGAAGAGGAAGAAGUUAAAGAAGAAAAAGAAGUUGUCGAACGUAAAAUAGAAACCCGCGAGGUCGUCGUCUCUGAAGUUACUGAAGAUUUACACUUUUACGCUCAGUAUGUCGACCAGAAAAGCCAAGUCGAAGGAUUACUCACACGAUUACGUCAAGAACUUGAAGAAAAUCCUCCUCUACCGGGCGCAUUCUCUCCAAAACGCGGAGACUUAGUCGCUGCCAAGUUUUCCGGCGACGGAGAAUGGUACCGCGCUAAAGUUGAAAAAGUUGCCGGUUCUAACGUCAGUGUACUGUACGUUGAUUACGGCAACCGCGAGGUUGUUAAUGUGACGCAAGUUGCGCCUCUACCUGCUGAAUAUUCUAGCGACAAACCCUACGCUCAUGAAUUUGUUGCGGCUUACGUUGCUCUUCCUAAAGACGUCGAUGAUCAAAAAGCGGCAAUCACGGCAUUCCAAGAAGACAUUGAGAAUAAAACUUUGUUAUUAUCUAUUGUUUACAAAUCCUCUUCGGGUGUACUAGCAGCAACUUUAGUUGAUCCUGUGACUAACGAAGAUAUUGUUAAAGCUCUUGUUAAAGAUGGAUAUCUGCUUGUUAACAGAGAAAAAAGAGUUAACGUUAAACCUGAAUAUUUGGAUGCUCAAUCAGACGCCAAGAAACAUCAUCGCAACAUCUGGCAGUACGGUGACAUCACGACUGACGAUCAAGAAAACGCGUGGAAGUAAUUAUGAUACCGUGUUUGUUUAAAAAUGAAAUCACGGUAUAAAAUAAUAAUAAUGAUAAUUAAUAAAUAAAAUGUUAUGCAUAAUGGGCGAUGGAUAAUUGAAGAUAUUGGUCGUAAAAAAGCAUAAUACUGGGAAAAAGAAAAAGACGACAUAAUAAUCACAUUAUUAUUAUUAUUAUUAUUAAUAAUUAACUUUAUAUAUAUUUUAAUAAGGAGUAAAUGGCAAUUAUUGGUACUGCGAAUUCUGCCGAUUGUGAUUUAACAUAAUUGCACAGCCGAAUGAUAACAAUAAAAAAUUGAUAAAUGAUAUAAAGAAAAAAAAAUAUUAAGAAAAUAAGAAAAUAUGAAUUAUAAAUUGUACAUAAUUAAUAAUCAUGGUAACAAGAGAAAAUUGUUGACACAUAUGACCCCCCAAGUCCCUCCUAUUUUUUCAAUUUACCUCCCAAAAUAAGACUGUUCCAUUGUUUAACAAUUAUUGAAUAUUAUAAUAAUGCAUUCCGCGUGUUUUUAAAAUAAAAAUUUAUCAAUCAUUUCAUUAAA